AAGGUGAUUGUUUAAGAACGUGAAUGAAUUCAUCAUAAAUGAAUAAACUGUAUUCAUUACAAAUAAAAUUGUGAACAGUUUUCGAACAAUCGAAAACCAAACAAAUAGACUUCAUGAAUAAAUGUAAAAUUUGCAAGUGUUCAUUGAAUUGAGUGUUUUAUUUAUUCUCACAUUGAUGUUAGUGAUUCUGAAGUGAUAGAAGUCGUGACCUGCGACGUCUCUUAAAAGCGAUUAUGUUUGUCUAUUAUCGGUUGUCGAUUGACGUAGUUGUGUUUGCGUUAUUAUCAUCGUCGUGUGUUUUGACAUUGCCAAUCGAAAAUGAAUCAUUAGACUUGAUAAUAUUGCACAAUAAUGAUAUGCACGCGCAUUUUGAACAAAGUGAUGCAUCAACUGGAAAAUGUCAAACUUACGAUGCUCAAGCAAAUAAAUGUUACGGCGGAUUUGCGCGUGUAUCACAUUUGGUUAAAGCAUUCCGUGCAGAAGCCGAAACUGGCGGUCCGCCCGUUUUAUAUUUAAAUGCCGGAGACACGUACGCUGGUACACCAUGGUUUUCGAUAUUUAAACAUAAAAUUUCGUCCGAAUUUAUGAAUAUUCUCAAACCGGAUGCAAUGAGUCUUGGGAAUCAUGAGUUUGAUUUGGGUGUCGAAGGUCUUGAACCGUUUUUGAAAGAAGUUAAAUUUCCAGUGCUUGCGGCAAAUAUAAAUAACAAAGACGAUCACCCGUUAUGGCAAACUGGUUCGUUGAAAAAAUGCAUCGUUUUCAAUGUGGAAGGACACAAAGUUGGUGUCAUUGGCUACUUAACGCCAGAAACAAAAAGUCUUGCAAUGAAAAAUGAUGUUGAAUUUAUUUCUGAAAUCGAUGCAAUCAACAAAGAAGCAGAAGCACUGAAUAAUGUUGGUGUGAAAAUCAUAAUUGCAUUGGGACACUCAGGCUACGAAGUGGAUAAGCAGAUUGCCAAAAAUUGUCCACUUGUUGAUGUUGUUGUUGGUGGUCACACACAUACAUUUUUGUAUUCCGGCUGGCAACCGGAUAUAGAGAAAAUUGAAGGUCCAUAUCCGACAAUUGUGGUUCAAGACAGCGGAAAGAAAGUGCCAGUCGUUCAGGCAUACGCAUUUACCAAAUACAUGGGAAUUUUAAGACUAAAAUUUGACGAUGGUGGAAAUGUCAUGAGUUGGAGUGGUCAACCAAUUUUACUCGACAGCACGAUACCACAAGAUCCCGAAGUAGUUGAGCUAGAGAAUGUUUAUAGGCCACAAGUGGAGGAAAUUUUGGAGAAAGUGAUUGGCGUGACAAAAGUGCGUUUGGAUGGUUGGAGUUGCCGAAUUACCGAAUGUAAUGUAGGCAAUUUGAUUACCGAUGCUGUUGUAAAUACAAGAAUAAGGCAACAUAUUGGAGCAGAUCUUACAGAUGCACCAAUAGCGCUCGUAGCAAGCGGUGACAUACGAGCAUCGGCCAAAAUUGGCAAUUUAACACAAUUCGAUCUGGGUACAAUCCUUCCGUAUGAAAACCGAUUGGUGGUGGUCAACAUAACGGGAUAUAUGUUGCGACAGGUACUUGAGCAUUCAGUUAAAAGGUACACCGAAGUCAGUCCACCAGGAGAAUUUUUACAAGUUUCUGGCUUACGCGUGGUUUACAAUAUAACAAGGACAUCUUGUAAUCGAGUUGAAUCUAUAAAAGUUCUAUGUUCAAGCUGCCAAGUUCCGAUUUAUCAGGAUCUCGAGCCAAAUCAUGUAUAUGGCGUUAUUGUUUCAUCAUUCGUAUAUGAGGGCGGUGAUGGUUUCACUAUGUUUCAUGGCUUACAAUCAAAUUACCUAAAUACUACGAUUCAAGAGGCUGUACUGUCAUAUAUCCAGAAGACUGGAGUCGUAUAUCCAUCAGUGAUGGGACGCAUUCAAGUCUAUAAAAAUUGAUUUGUAGUUUAUUGCCUAAAACAUAUUCAAGCGAAUUUUUUUAAGGAAACAAUUCUGUGGAUGACUUGAAAGGAAGAUAUUCUGAAUAAUUUAUUCAAACGAUCAAUCUCAAAAUAUAUUAUUAUAGCUAAAAAAUCCUAUAAUGACAUGGGAUCCCUUUGAUGAUGAGGAUCAUUUUGGAAGAAAAAGUUUAUUAUCUCUUGUGGCAUCCCAAAGUAAUGAGUGAAACUCAUUUAAUGCAUUAUUAUUUAAUCAUAUUCAAAACUCAAUUUAUUUUCCUUUUAAAAGUUAUUUCAUCACAAUGCUUGCUUUGUUUGAAAAACGAUGUUCAAGAUGUAAAAAGAAGGUAAAAAAUAAAGGAAGAAAAGUUUUUUUUUUCAAACGUGUCUUAA